AUGGAAGGCCGGGUGGGGACGCUGAAGGUGCUGGUCGUGCGGGGGAAGCGGUUGGCCAUUAGGGAUUUCAAGAGCAGCGAUCCGUAUGUGAUCGUCAAGCUCGGGAAUCAGGUGCUCCUUCAACCUUUCUCCGAUGGAGAUCUGUGUGAACCAGAAGGUCUCGUCAGAUCCGCCAUGUCUGCUUCUUCUCCGGAUUCCCUUUCAGAAACCCUAGAUUUCAUCCUCGAAGACGAAAGUCCUCGAGUUGGAGCUCUGGGCUUCCUCUCCACGCCGCAUCUAGGGCUAUCUAGAUGUGGUUCUCGUCGUAAUCGGACGCCAUUUUUAGGGUUCUAUCUGAUAAUUCCGCCGUGCUCCUCAGACCCAGAAGACAAAGGUCAUCAACAGCUGCCUGAAUCCGGUCUGGAACGAAGAGCUGGUCUUCUCCGUGUCUGAACCCGUCGGAGUCCUCCAGCUGGUGGGCAGUUCUCCGAUCUUUGACUGCAAACAUGAUAUCCUGUAAAAAUGGUUUUUUCCUUCUUUUUUUUUUUAACAGUGGACGGGAUAAAAAAAGGGUAUCUUUUUGACCGUUGCGGCGGCGCUACGGCGGCGCUUUCUGCUGCAGGAGGUGUUCGACCGCGAUCGGUUCAAGUCCGACGACAAGAUGGGGAGGGCGCAGGUGAGCCUCCAGGACCUGGUCUCCGGCGCGCGGCUAAGCAGAGCUCUGCGGCUGUCGACGGGGGAGACGAAGCUGAGGAAGGUGGCCCCCGACGGCGAGAACCGGCUAAUGGCGGAGAGCUUCGUCACCUUCGUCGCCGGCGAGAUCGUCCAGGAGGUCCGUCUGAAGCUCAGCGACGUCGAGUCAGGCGAGCUCGAGCUGAAGCUCCGCUGGUCCGAAAAUCCCACGAGCCAGACCACCGGCGGCGCUGCGGGCGCCUGA